UAGCUUGGGGGCUGAGGUUUGCGUGCGGUAUGAAGUAUUGGUGUCUUCCAGACACAUCUCUAGGUCGGGCUGCACGACGCUUGUAACUCACAAGCUGACGUCAGUGAACACAUCAAAGUCUUGCUGGUUUUUGUGGGAUGUAUGUUUUAAUUGUUGCGUGUAACACGGAGGGACUGACAGCUGCUAUUUGUAAAGUUGGCUGACAGGAAUGAUGACACAUUGCUGCUGCUUGUUAGAAGGAUUUUAUAUACAGUAUAUUGUAUUUGUUAUUAUACGGUGUAAAGUUGGCGUUGUUGAACAGAAUGGUUUUGGCAUCAGACAGUGACUUUUGUUUGCAAUGAUUGCAGCAAAUCCUGCUUUUGGAGGCCCGGGGUUUUCCAAUGAAUUGUACUUUUGAUAUCAUUACUCAGCAAUCCCUUGCCAGUUCACACUUUUAAUUUCAAUAACACCCCUAUCGUCACCUUUACAUGCUAUUACCCAAUAUACUGUAGGUGGCAUAAUAAUAAGGCAUAUAACAUAUAAAAAACCUGUUUACGACCUUCUUCAGGGAAUACACUUUAUUCUACAUUAUUAGAGCCCUCUUGACAUGAAAUAAUGACAAUGGCCUUUAUCCGUCACCCUUAGUUACCUUUACACUCCAAUCCAAGAUAGUAGCCAUAAUAAGACAUUUAAGCCUUGAAACAUUGACAAAGUGUGUGUGUGUGUGUGUGCACAUGCGACUUUGUCAAACAAGGCUGCCGGUGAGCUGCUGUGUGUGUUGCACAAACACACUCGAUGCUCCAGCCCACUCUGAGAUGUGUACAGACAUGCGGGUGGUUGGGCCUGUAGGUUCUCAUUGUGAUGUCGUCAUUGCCACAACAACAAAGCCAUUUCACACCUUUAGUCCACUAAGAUGAAGAAUGACGACUUUAAACAUAGACCUUCUCAUUAGCAUUCACUUGGGAAAAAACGACUUGGAUAGUUGACGGGCAGAUCUUAGCAUCUUGUCAUUACGGAUCAAUGCCAUAAAAGGUACAGAUAAAUAUACACACAAAGCGUCUUGGAUUCUGGCACAACCAAAGGUUUCCAGCACACGCAAAAGGAAACGUAACUUCAGGUGUAGCCUAUUAGGCCAAGAUGGAGUCUAUUAACCAAAACCAGAACAUGAACGCUAAAUUCCAUGGACCAGUGGCGGGUAUUUAUCUGGAGGCGACCAAGGAGAAGAUCACCAUAUACCAAGCCAUGAAAAAACGCCUGCUCAAACCAGGAACAGCGUUGGCCCUGCUUGAAGCACAAGCUGCCACCGUGGGCAUUGUAGACCCGGUGAACAACCGAAUAUUACCUGUGGCGGACGCCGUCAAAGAGGAGCUACUUGGACCCGAGAUGAGAGAGAAGCUCCUGAUGGCAGAAAAAGCUGUCACUGGCUAUGUGGACCCAUACACUAACGGAACCAUAUCUGUGUUCCAAGCUAUGCAGAAGGAUUUAGUGCCAAGAGAUUACGGCUUGAGGCUCCUGGAAGCACAGUUAGCCACCAAAGGCCUGUUUGAUCCCGUUGCAAAGACACAUCUUCCUGUUGACUCAGCCAUCCAGAAAGGCUACUAUGAAAAAGGUCUGUUGGAUGACCAGAUGUCCGAGUUGAAGGUGUUUUACAAUCCAAGCACACAAGAACACGUCAACUAUAAAAAACUCUUGGAGAAAUGCAUUGUGGAACCUGACACAGGCCUGCUACUUCUACCUGUCUUCAUCACCUUCAAAGGUCUGAGACGAGGCAUUUCCUCAACACAACUUCUCGAUUCCAAGAUCAUUGACAAAGACAUUUAUGAUGAUCUGCAGAAGGGAAAGACCACGACUCAACAUGUGAUGCUGAUAGAGAGGGUGAGGGAGUAUCUUGAAGGUAAAGGCAGCAUUGCAGGCAUCGCAAUACUCUCCACCAGUCAGAAAAUGAGCAUUUAUGAAGCCAUGAAGAAUCACAUUCUGAUGCCUGGAACGGCACUAGUUCUACUGGAGGCACAAGCUGCAACUGGAUUCAUGAUUGAUCCUGUAGAAAAUAAAAAAUUCACAGUGGACCAGGCUGUGAAAAACAAACUCUUUGGCCCGGAAUAUUACACUAAGCUCCGCUCCGCUGAACGAGCAGUAACUGGAUACAAAGACCCGUACACAGGGGAAAUUAUUUCCCUGUUUCAAGCUCUUUCAAAGGAUCUCAUCGUGAAGGAACAUGGGAUCCGCCUACUUGAGGCGCAAAUCGCCACAGGCGGAAUAAUCGACCCAAUCAACAGCCACAGACUUCCCACAGAGGUGGCCUUCAAAAGAGGAUAUUUUGAUGAAGAAAUGAACACCAUAUUGGAGGAUUCAGGAGACGACACAAAGGGAUUCUUUGACCCAAACACAGAGGAGAACCUAACUUAUCUUCAGCUGAUAGAGAGGUGUGUCAUUGAUCCUGUCACUGGACUGUGCCUCCUUCCUCUUCGUGACAAAUCUGAUGGAUUCAAUUUCAGCUUCAUUGACUACCAAACUAAGAUGGUCUUGAAGAAAAAGAAGGUGAGUGUGACAUGUGGCAAGUACAUGGGGAUGACUGUAUCACUGUGGGAACUGCUGAUGUCAGAAUACUUUAAUGAAGAACAGCGUAAGGACAUUAUACGGAAGUACAUACAGGAAAAGCUCACUAUCGAGAUGAUUAUCUCAACCGUUAUGGAAAUCAUAGAGACAUCUGUUAAAACAACAAAGGUUGUCUUUGAAGGCAUCAGAGAAACUGUCACAGCCAAACAGCUGGUAGAGGCUGAUAUCAUUAGCCAGGAGGUCCUCGAUGAUCUGAAAAAAGGAAAGAAGUCUGUCAAGGAAGUUAUAGAGGAUCAAAACGUAAGUGUGUACCUUCAGGGGAAAGACAGCAUUGCUGGUGUUCUUCUUCCUGACUCCCAAAUCCUGACUAUCUACCAGGCCAGACAGAAGGGGAAAUUAAUGCCGGGAACAGCUCUGAUAUUACUUGAGGCACAGGCAGCAACAGGGUUCAUCAUUGAUCCCAUAGGAAACAGGAAGUUUUCCGUGGAUGAUGCAGUCAAAGCCAAGGUUGUUGGUCCUGACAUGUGCCAAAAGCUGCGCUCUGCAGAGAAGGCGGUGACAGGCUACAAAGACCCAUAUGAUGGGAAAACAAUCUCUUUGUUCCAAGCCAUGCAAAAAGACCUCAUCUUAAAAGAUCAUGGAAUUCGACUCUUGGAGGCACAAAUUGCCACCGGUGGGAUCAUUGAUCCAGUAAACAGCCAUCGCAUUCCAGUCCAAGUAGCUUACAGGAGGGGCUACUUUAAUGAGGAGAUGAAUGAGAUCCUGAGUGAUCCCAGUGAUGACACCAAAGGAUUCUUUGACCCCAACACCCACGAGAAUCUCACGUACUUGCAGCUCAUGUCCAGAUGUGUCACAGACCCCAGCACUGGACUCUGCCUUCUGCCACUCAAAGGCAGAAGUAACAAAGUCAACAUAGACGAUACCAUGAAGGAGCUCUUCAGGACGACAACUGUUUCAGUCAGGUAUGGCCGAUUCAAGGGUAAGCACACAACGCUGUGGGAUCUUAUCAAUUCAGAGUAUCUGUCAGAGGAAAAAAGACAGGAGAUUUUCAGAAUGUUCAAGUCACGGAAAAUCACAAUUGAGGAAAUCAUUGUGCUUAUUUUAGACAUCAUUGACAGCAAGGAGAUAAAACAGCAAGAAGGGCUGAGCUUCAAAGGCCUGAGGGGAGAGGUUUCUGUUGUGGAUCUUUUGGAGCUUGAAAUAGUGGAUGAAAAAACAUACAGCAGCUUAAUUGAUGGAAAGAUUAGGAGCACUGAUGUGUUGAAAAUGGACAGCGUGCGAGCCUACCUGCAAGGGACGAGUUGUGUGGCUGGGGUGAUACUGCAGUCCUCCAACCAGAAGCUAAGCAUCUGGGAUGCACAGAGAAAUGCUAUCCUAACACCCGGCACCGCUCUUUGCCUCCUUGAAGCACAAGCAGCCACAGGGUUCAUUGUUGAUCCUCUGGCAAACAAAAAGCUGACAGUGGAACAAGCGUUCAGGGAGAAGUUAAUUGGUCCGCAGAUGUAUGAAAAGCUUUUAUCAGCAGAGAAGGCUGUAACUGGUUACAUUGAUCCAUACACUGGCCAAAAGAUUUCUCUUUUCCAAGCCUUGCAGAAGGAUCUCAUUGUGAAAGAGCAUGGCAUUCGUUUACUUGAAGCCCAAAUUGCCACAGGAGGCAUCAUUGAUCCCUUAAAGUGUCUUCAUCUCCCUCUUGAGGUCGCAUAUAGGAAAGGUUAUUUUGAUGAAGAACUUAAUCAAAUUCUGUUGGACCCGACUGAUGACACAAAGGGAUUUUUUGACCCAAAUACCAAAGAGAAUCUGACAUAUUUGGAAAUGUUAGCUAGAUGUGUAAAAGAUAAGGAAACCGGAUUGUUUCUCUUGCCAAUGACUGGUACACCAAAAGCUUCAAGGACAAAUGUGAAAAUGUACACUGAUGGCCAGAUUAAACAGGAGUUUGUCGAGACAACCGUGAGCAUAUCAGUUGGACACUUUGCGGGAAAAUCUGUUUCCCUUUGGGACUUGCUCCACUCUGGCUAUUUCACUCAAGACCAGCGCCUUGAACUGAUUGAAAAAUUCCGAGCAAGAAAGGUUAGCAUCCACAACAUAAUCACAAUUGUCAUUUCAACAAUUGAGAAACUGGUGAAGAGUGAAACCCCCCAAAUAAUCAUGGGCCUCAGAAAGCCUGUGUCUGCCAAACAACUGCUCGAUUCUGGCAUUCUUAAUGCUGAUAUGUUCAAACAAAUCGAAGAAGAGAAAGUGACUCUUGAAGAAGUUGGCCAGCGUGAGCAUGUGAGACGAUACCUGAAUGGAACCACAAGCAUUGCUGGGGUUAAAAUGUAUCCAUCCCAGACAGUUGUGAGCAUAUAUGCUGCACAGCAGGACGGUGUGUUGAGUCAUGGCAUUGCACUUUUACUUCUUGAAGCACAGGCAUCAACAGGAUGGGUUAUUGAUCCUCUCAAGAAUAAGUUCUACACUGUUGAUCAAGCUGCCCGAGAGGAAGUAAUUGGACCAGAUGUACAUCAGCAGCUUCUGUUAGCUGAACGAGCUGUCACUGGCUAUAAAGAUCCCUACACUGAAGCAACAAUAUCCUUAUAUGAGGCCAUGGAUGAACAGCUCAUUCAAAGAAGUGGUGGCAUCCGUCUUCUUGAAACACAAAUAGCAACAGGUGGAAUAAUAGACCCAAAUUUGAGCACCAGGCUUCCUGUUGACGUGGCCGUCAAAAAGAGGCUUCUGGAUGAUGAACUCAGAAAUCUUCUGCUGAGCUCCACUGAUGAAACAAAGGGGUAUUUUGACCCAAAUACCAAAGAAAAAAUAUCCUACCUGGAGCUAAUGCAGAGAUGUGAAAACGAUCCAGAAACUGGACUACUUCUUCUACCAUUGCAAAAAGAGAAAUCCAACAUUCUUCACACAGACGAACAGAUACAACUCGAGUUUCAAAACACAACAUUUGUCAUGACUGCCGGGAAAUUCAAAAACAAAAAAGUGACAUUAUGGGAAGUGUUGUUGUCUGAAUAUAUAUCCCAACAUAAAAAGGAACAGCUCGUGCGGCAAUAUAAGACUGGUACCAUGACGACUGAUGAAUUAAUUGAAAUACUCACAGUCAUCAUUACAGAGGUGUCAUCUAAAGAAAUAAAGUUCAAAGGACUGAGGAAGCAGGUGUCUGCAAGUGAGUUGUUUGAGUCCAAGAUCAUCUCAAAAGACAUUUUUACACAAAUCAUACAAGGGGAAGUAACUGAAGAAAAUGUAAACAAAAUGGAGUCCAUACAGAAGUAUCUUAGAGCUACAAACUGUAUAGCUGGUGUCAGAGUUGAGUCUACAAAGACGGUUAUGAGCAUAUAUGAAGCAAAGACGAGAGGCCUGCUGACCCCCGGUACGUCUCUUGUGUUAGUGGAAGCACAAGCUGCCACUGGCUUUGUCAUUGACCCACUCAAGAACAAGAAACUUACGGUAGAAGAAGCUGUGGCCCAGGGAGUGGUUGGUCGUGAGUGGAAAAACAAACUACUCUCAGCAGAACGAGCAGUUACAGGAUACACAGACCCCUACACUGGUGAGACGAUCUCCUUAUUCCAGGCAUUGAUGAAGGAUCUCAUCGUCAAAGAUCAUGGCAUUCGUCUCCUUGAAGCUCAAAUUGCCACAGGAGGCAUCAUUGACCCAGUACACAGUCACAGAGUGCCAGUGCAGGUGGCUUACCAAAGAGGAUACUUUGACGAGGAAAUGAACCAGAUCUUGUCUGACCCAGAUGAUGACACAAAGGGUUUUUUUGAUCCCAACACACAAGAGAACCUCACCUAUCUCCAACUAAUAGAGAGGUGUGUCACUGACCCAAUGACAGGCCUCAACUUACUCUCAAUUGUAAAGAAAGGCGAGUUCUAUUUCUUUGUUGAUGAGGCCACAAAACUCAUUCUGAAAUCUACGACAACCACCAAAGCAGGAGGCAAGUACCAAGGAAUGACAGUGUCUCUGUGGGAUCUGCUCUACUCCAGAUACAUCAAUGAGGCUAAGAGGAGAGAACUUGUUCAGCAGUACAAGUCUGGAGCCAUCACAAUCCAACGCUUUCUGGAGAUCACCUUGAUGAUCAUUCAGCAGCAGACAACCACCACCUCAUCAUCAGUCGUCACAUGUGUGACACCAGAAACAACACUGGACAGCAGCAACUCAAAAACCACCAUCACCACCACCGUCACAGAGACCACAGACAUUGAAAACUUCCAUGGAAUAAGGAAGGAUGUCAGCGCAUCAGAGUUGCUUGAAUCAAAAAUCAUCGAUGAGGACGUCUACAAAAAUCUCUCCGCAGGAAAAGUCACAGUUGAGCAAGUGAGUCAAAUGUACUCUGUCCGCAAGUACCUGGAGGGGACAAACAGCAUUGCAGGAGUGUACUCACAGUCAACCAAGGAGAUCCUGAGCAUCUACGAAGCCAAAUCCAGAGGCUGGCUGACUCCUGGUACGUCUCUGGUUCUGUUGGAAGCCCAAGCGGCCACUGGCUUUGUCAUUGACCCGGUCAACAACAACAAACUUUCUGUAGAAGAAGCUGUGGCCCAGGGAGUGGUUGGCAGCGAGUUUAAAAACAAACUACUCUCAGCAGAACGAGCAGUCACAGGAUACAGAGACCCUUACACUGAGAAAACAAUCUCUUUGUUCCAGGCCCUGAAAAAAGAUCUGAUAGUCAAAGAUCAUGGAAUCCGUCUCCUUGAAGCUCAAAUUGCCACAGGAGGCAUCAUUGACCCAGUACACAGUCACAGAGUGCCAGUGCAGGUGGCUUACCAAAGGGGAUACUUUGACGAGGAAAUGAACCAGAUUCUGUCUGAUCCAGAUGAUGACACCAAGGGCUUUUUUGAUCCCAACACACAAGAGAAUCUCACUUAUCUUCAACUAAUUGAGAGAUGUAUCACAGACCCCUCCACUGGACUUAGUUUGUUGGUUAUUGUGAAGAAAGGGGAGUUCUAUUUCUUUGUUGAUGAGGCCACAAAACUCAUUCUGAAAUCUACGACAACCACCGAAGCAGGAGGCAAGUACCAAAGAAUGACAGUGUCUCUGUGGGAUCUGCUCUACUCCAGAUACAUCACUGAGGCUAAGAGGAGAGAACUUGUUCAGCAGUACAAGUCUGGAGCCAUCACAAUCCAACGCUUUCUGGAGAUCACCUUGAUGAUCAUUCAGCAGCAGACAACCACCACCUUAUCAUCAGUCGUCACAUGUGUGACACCAGAAACAACACUGGACAGCAGCAACUCAAAAACCACCAUCACCACCACCGUCACAGAGACCACAGACAUUGAAAACUUCCAUGGAAUAAGGAAGGAUGUCAGCGCAUCAGAGUUGCUUGAAUCAAAAAUCAUCGAUGAGGACGUCUACAAAAAUCUCUCCGCAGGAAAAGUCACAGUUGAGCAAGUGAGUCAAAUGUACUCUGUCCGCAAGUACCUGGAGGGGACAAACAGCAUUGCAGGAGUGUACUCACAGUCAACCAAGGAGAUCCUGAGCAUCUACGAAGCCAAAUCCAGAGGCUGGCUGACUCCUGGUACGUCUCUGGUUCUGUUGGAAGCCCAAGCGGCCACUGGCUUUGUCAUUGACCCGGUCAACAACAACAAACUUUCUGUAGAAGAAGCUGUGGCCCAGGGAGUGGUUGGCAGCGAGUUUAAAAACAAACUACUCUCAGCAGAACGAGCAGUCACAGGAUACAGAGACCCUUACACUGAGAAAACAAUCUCUUUGUUCCAGGCCCUGAAAAAAGAUCUGAUAGUCAAAGAUCAUGGAAUCCGUCUGCUUGAAGCUCAAAUUGCCACAGGAGGCAUCAUUGACCCAGUACACAGUCACAGAGUGCCAGUGCAGGUGGCUUACCAAAGAGGAUACUUUGACGAGGAAAUGAACCAGAUUCUGUCUGAUCCAGAUGAUGACACCAAGGGCUUUUUUGAUCCCAACACACAAGAGAACCUCACCUAUCUCCAACUUAUAGAGAGGUGUGUCACUGACCCCUCCACUGGACUGAGUUUGCUCCCGUUGCACAAGUAAAAAGCAACUUUAACUUUUGCUCUUGUACUUUGUUUGCAUCUUGAUAUAUACUGUCAUGAAUACAUUUUUUAAUCUGAUUGCACUGAAUACUUUUCUUAUAAUUUUAUAAAAAAUACUUUAUAAUUUUGAAAAAAAUACAGGACAUUGGUGUGUUUUUAAUUACCAGCAACAUACCUUUGUUUCAUUGUGAUAAGGAGUGAUUGAGAUCCAAACGCCAUUCUAUCCAUUCAAUCACUUUUAGUUUUAGUUGAAGUUUACCAAGCCCUUUUCUAUAAUUUUGAGAUAAAUGUGAGAACUAAUUCUUGUUUUCAUUGAAAUAAUUAAAUAUUUUAAACAUGUUUUCCUGCGUUGUUGAAAAAUCAGCGAUUGAAUAAAUGAAUGUGAGAACUUA